AUGCAAGAAAACGUUAGCAUGGUCGCUACUUCGCUGGCUAUACACGUAUGACUCAGCGUGUUGUUUAUGAGAAUAAACAGUGAAAAAAAUCAAUCAGGAAGUCAGAGAUGAUGUGAUUGCAGUCUCCCUCCUGACUGCCUAUCACGGCUUCUGACAUUUUAUGGAUGCGAGACAAUCCAUUGGCCGUGCCACUGCUGUGGAGUCCAACCGAGGAGGUGGUAGAGUGGGACACUUUACAAUGGGAGCGUCGGAGUCCUUCUACAUGUCCUGGUGUCUGUGCAUCAACAUGGGCCUCCUGUGCGUGAUCAUGGUUGUCUUCUGGAACUGGCGCUGGCGCGGAGGGUUCGCGUGGGAUGGAAGUGAGGCCCAGUUCAGCUGGCAUCCCGUCCUCAUGAUCAGCGGACUGCUGGUCCUUUAUGGCUUCGCCGCCGUCCUGUUCCGUGUGCCUUGGGGGUGGUCUCAGAAGAAGAUCGCAUGGAAGCUGGUCCACGCAGGACUGAUGCUGGCCGCUUUGGUGCUUGCCAUCGUCGGCCUGUACGCCGUCUUUAACGUGCACAGCACCCUGAACAUCCCCUCAAUGUACUCCUUGCACAGCUGGGUGGGAAUGAGCGCCGUGGUAACGUUUGCGUGGCAGUGGUUCCUGGGACUGGUUGGCUUUUUGCUGCCAUGUUCUGCGCCGCGGUUGAGUCACUACCUGAAGGGGAUUCACGUGUGGACGGGACAAGCGGUACUGCUGCUCACUCUGGCCGCCUGCAUCAGUGGAAUCAACGAGCAGCUUUUCUUUGCACUCGACGGCGUAUCAGCAAAAGCUUACAGCUCACUGCCUGCGGAGGCGCUGUUUGCCAAUAUGCUGGGUAUCAUGAUUGUGGUAUUCAGCUAUCUCGUGUUCGGGAUUCUGUCCAAAGCCGACUGGCGACGUCCCAACGCCAACACCAACGACGAAGCCGCUCCGAUUUUGCUGAGAGAGGAAGCCACUUAAGGACCACAACAAAAGAAAGUGUCAGAAAACAUUAAAAUUUAAAAUACGACAUUUAAUCAUGCAUUUACGAUUGUACUUAGUGAUGCUUGUGUUAAUAAAAAAAUGUCUGUCCUAUA